AAAUUCUCUCUAUCUUUCUGUGUAUCUCAAAGAGAAAGAGAAAGAGAAAGACUGUGUUCAUGGAUGAGAAGAAAAAGAAGGAAAUAAAGCCUUACUAGCUAGCUAAGUGAAAGGUUCUAAGGCCAGGUGCUCAUCAACACAGCUGAGUACAGCAAGAAGAGAAGGAAGAUCGAGGAGUUCGAAAAUGACCACGGCAAGGUUCAUCAAAUGCGUGACCAUCGGCGAUGGAGCUGUCGGAAAGACCUGCAUGCUUAUAUCUUACACUAGUAACACCUUCCCAACGGAUUAUGUUCCCACAGUGUUUGACAAUUUCAGUGCCAAUGUUGUGGUGGAUGGGAGUACAGUGAACCUGGGACUAUGGGAUACUGCAGGGCAAGAAGAUUACAACAGAUUGAGACCUCUAAGUUAUAGAGGUGCUGAUGUGUUUCUAUUGGCAUUCUCUCUUAUCAGCAAAGCCAGCUAUGAGAAUAUCUCCAAGAAGUGGAUCACUGAGCUGAGACAUUAUGCUCCAAAUAUUCCAAUUGUGCUGGUAGGAACCAAGCUUGAUUUACGAGAAAACAAGCAGUAUUUGAUGGAACAUCCUGGAGCAACACCAAUCUCAACUGCCCAGGGUGAGGAACUGAAAAAGAUGAUCGGUGCAGCAGUUUACAUGGAAUGCAGCUCCAAGACUCAGCAGAAUGUGAAAGUGGUGUUUGAUGCUGCAAUCAAGGUUGUUUUGCGGCCUCCAAAACCAAAGAAAAAGCAACGGAAGCGAAGGCAUUGCGUGUUUCUCUAGUCUGAAUUCAUGUUAUAUCUUACAUGAUUUUGUUACUGUUAUGAGUGUUCCUUCCAUUUCUGUCACUCUUAAAGAGGUUAUGCAGAUCAA